AUGAAACUAAAAUUCAAAUUUAUUUCCAUACUCAUCAUAUUGCUUGGAUUUGUUUGUGCAUCCCAAGCUGGCACUUUUAAACCGUUUGUGCGCAGUCGUUACAGUUUACGUUGGCGUAAAACUACAGAGACGCCCAAAGCUUGGGACUCAUCAACUGCAUCCGGCAGUAAGGAGGACGUAGAAAAAAUCUCUUCAAAAACCAUCGACAUAUCAGAGAUCCCUACAGACAAUUCCAUACAAUUAACAACCGUCACGUCGUUACUGAAAACAUCCACACAUUCAACAGACUAUGAUUAUUAUAAUAAUGAGGUCGAAGAAGGAGAACACAAAAAUUAA